UUCAGAAAAAUUAUGAAAUAAAAUAAAAUUUAAAAUAAAUAUAUGUAUAUAUAAUUAUAUCAUAAAUAAAAGACAUACAUUUUUUACAAUUAAUAAUAAGUUCAGUUGGUUCGAGUUAAAUUUGGUUGUUUUGGAUAAACACACGAAUCAACCCAUCGCAUAAGAUUUGUAUUUAUUUCAAUCAAAUUCAAUCCAAAUAAGUUUGUAAUCCAACCCAAAAGCCGUACUUAAUUGAUUGGGUUGAUAAUAUUUUUCGGGUCAUCGGAUUUUUUAAACACCCUUAUUUGGAAUGAACUUCCCGAAUGGGCCUUUUGUCUUGGUGGUUAGGGAGGAGGACGAGCAAUAAUUAAUGAUUGUUAGAGGCAUGAAUAUUUGUUGAUGGAGGAAGGGAAUCAUCAUCUUUUUUGUUGAUUAUACAUUUUGUAUUAUACGCUGCCUAACUUAGAACUUGACAGAGAGAGCAGGAGUAGAAGGUGGAGUAGAGAUCAAGCAAGAAACACACACAGAGGGAGAGAGAGAGAGCCAGGUUCCCCUUUGUUCCAUUGGUGAAGCAAGCAUAUAUGCCAAAUUUCGACAUGCAAAUAUAUUUUUUCAGCAACACAAACUUGGUUUAAUUAUAAACUUAUACCAUGCCAAGACCAGUCCUCAAAACCCCAACAAAAAAGCACAAGAAAAAGAAGAGAAAACUUCCAUCUCUAAUCUAAGAUGUACCCAGUUGGCCCUUUCCAUAUCUUCAUUUGUACACAUAACUAAGCAAAGUGUCUCUUCACAACUAAAAAAACAAUCCAAAGAAUCCCUCUUUUUCUGCCACUUGUACAACUUUUUAUGCACUCCCUCUUCCUUUAUUUAAUUCCAUCCCAUUAUUUCUCAUGCAGCCCCUUGUUUUGCUCUCUUAUCUUCUCUUCUCUUCUCUUCUGUUUUUCUACGCACACUGUACUCACCGGCAGCCCCUUGAGUUGAUUUAAGUUUGUCCGAGUUUAGGCUGAGGAUCAUGGAUUUUACCAGACUCUGCCUCCUUCUUCUCUUUGUAUCCACUUGUACAACCGAUUUUUUCCCUCAAUGUGAUGGUAGAAGUGUGCAUAGAAAGUCGAAGAAACUCCAGCUGGCGAAAUACUUAGAUGUAAUUGGUCAAAAGGUGAGCCACGUGGAUGGUGCGACAAAUACCCAACCUUACGUGAGCUCCCCAUUCACUCUGCCGCCGUUCGAUUCACUGCCGGACAACGCGCCACCUUACUGCUCCUAUCCCCCAAAUACUCCUCAGACACCUUCCUCGCCCUUCACCUACAUUUCAUCGCCGCCACCGCCGCCCUUUUAUUAUCUCCCGCCAGUGCUCCCUUCUCAGAGCCCACCUCCGACCCCAACCUACGGUUUUCCUCCCUCUCCACCCAACCUCACCCCGCCUUACUAUUACGAGCCCAGCCCUCCAAGCAACGUUCCGAGCCCACCCUCUCCGAUGGUGUUCGUGCCGAGCCCACCCGUGUUCCAACCACCGGUCAUUUACCCUCCACCGAGCGUGCCGCCCCCUCCCCACUCCGCACCCAAUAUAGCCCUCUGGUGCGUCGCCAAGCCCUCCGUGCCUGACCCAAUCAUUCAAGAGGCCAUGAACUAUGCCUGCGGGACGGUGGCGGAUUGCGAUUCCAUUCUCCCAAACGGCCCCUGCUUUCUGCCUAACACACUCUACGCCCACGCUUCCUACGCCUUCAAUAGUUAUUGGCAGAGAACCAAGGUGGGCGGCGGCACUUGCGAGUUUGGUGGUAUUGCCAUGCUUGUCACCGUCGAUCCCAGUUAUGAUGGGUGUCAUUUCAUUUACACAUAGGCAUUACGAUGGAAUGGAAUUGUUUAUCCACUUUUGAAGACACGUGAGAAAGCUGUACAGAGUAGAAUUUUAGAACAUAAAACCACUCUCCAUUUUUCCCUCACUUUUUUUUUUUUUUUUAAUAAUUUGGUUGGAAUAAAUUAAUAAAUAGAUAUCUGUUUAACAGUUUUUUUUUUUUUUUUUUAAAAAAAAAAAAUUAUUCACAUUAUCUUCAUUUUGAAACAUGUCUUUUUGAAAUAAGGUAAAAUGAAAAAAGAUUGUGGUUAAACAGGAAAAAUUUGUAUACUAAACACUUCCAUAGAUGGACUAAUAUAUAUGUCAUAAUUCUUUAAUAAUAAUAUAAAGUCUAAUGUUAUUGAAUAAUUUUUUUUAUUAAAAAAAAUCAAAUGCAAACAUAGAGAGUAUGAGGUGGCUACAGAAGGAAUGGAAUUUCUUGCAAAAGCGUGUGAAUGCAAUGUAAUUUAUUAUUAUUUUUUAAAAACAUAAAAAUUAUUGGGGAUUAU